AGGGCUUUUCCUCUGGAGUGCUUCAAGGGUCUUCAUGCCUGGAAAUGUCAACUUGUGCAGCUAUUUAGAAGUUUUCAAGGAUUCUCUCCCACAAAAUAUGGAGCUUCUGAUGCUUUAAGUUUGCUUUGCUGCCUCAGUAACAUUUUUUGUUUCUUCUUGGCAGGGCUGACUAGGUUCAUUUUUUCCAAUUCUUUCCGGCUAUCUCCUUCUAUGCUCCUUCCCUCCGCUCUGUUUCCUCCCAGCUGGAAAAACUCUCAGUCUUCCAACAGAAGAGAAAUGUGCAGCGUUGAGAAGGAGAGUGGGAAAAAUGGCAGUGGCUAUGAGGAAGACACCAGAGAAAGAGAGGAGCUGAAGUCAAAGGGAAAAAGGUUUACGGCUUCCUUGCUGUAUCCCACUGAAGGGGAUAAGAAGAAGGGGUCACUGGGACUGCCUUUGAUCCCCCCGAUACGCAGGGCAGUAAGUCCCGAUGUUGGCAGUGCUGCAGGGUCUCUGCAAAGCUCUCUGCAGCUGGAUGUGCAAGAGUCCCAGGAGAUGAGGUCCACACCCAGCAGCAGAAGUGAAGAUGACGACUCUGAAGAAGGAGGCCUCCCACUGAGCCAAGCCAAGGGGACAGAUCAUCCCACCAGUCCUGGUCAUAUGAGUGACGAAGACCUGAGGGACAGCUCUGGAAAGAUCCGUCCUGCAUUGUGCAAGUUGGCUCAAAAGAACUUAGAGCGGAAGAAAAUGGAGCUGUUGGAGAAAGAGCUCAAGAGAAGGAGACAAACAGAAACAUCCUUGCAGCUGCCUCCACAGACAGCUGACCCUGAGGAUGCAGAAGAAGCAAGCUUUAGCGUACCGCCUGUCGAUGGCACAGCUUCCAGUGUGCAGAGAAAACACCCUGGUAGUGCCUUGAAGAAGAAGGUCUUGAGGAAGCAGGACAAUGUGCCCUCACUGCCCAAUAUGCCCAUCAUCCAUGGGGAUGGCAGCUUCCCACGCAACUCCUCAGUGACCUCGCAGACGGCCUCUGGUGCCAAGCGUCGAGAGGAGCCGCUGCGUGGGAACUGGCAGAAGGACACAGCCUCUUGUGACCCACAGCAGGCCUUGCUCAAGGCACUGUCCUUGCUGGGCAGCGAUGACUGGGAGCUGAAGGAGAAGGCGCUCUCCAGCAUCGGACAGCUGGCUGGGUCCCAUUCAGAAGUCUUGCUUUGUCGACUUCGUGAUGUUUGCCUGGCAGUUACCAGUGAGGUGACCAACCUUCGCUCCAAGGUGUCCUACUCUGCAAUCGUCACUCUUGGAGAGCUCUUUGCAGCCUUGAAGAAGGACAUGGACUCCGUGGUGGAUGAGGUUGCUCGGGUCCUUCUCCAGAUGGUUUGGAAUUCCCCAGAGUUUCUGGAGAAAGCAGCCAAUCAGACCCUGGGGAUCAUGGUGGAGAACGUGACUCCUGCACGAGCACUGGCUGCUCUCAUGGACAGGGGAGCCAAGUAGGUUCUUCUUCUUCUAGUGAUCUUCUUCACCUUCUAGUGUGUGCGUGGGGGAAGGGAUGAGAGACAGAAUGGGAAUGGUGGGAGGGAAGGCUCCUGCAUCCUGCAUCUUCUGUGAAGUCAGGGACUUCAUUCCCCCAUCAACCUCACUUCUUUCCUCUUGUCACCUGUUUCUGCCCUCCUGCAGCCUAUAAGUUCACAGAAUCACAGAGCUGUAGAAUAUGGGGAGUUGGAAGGGGCCCAUCAGGAGCAUCGAGGUCAGCUCCUGGCCUUGCACAGAACACCCCAAGGAUCACACCAAGUGCCUGAGAUUGUUGUUAAAAUGCUUCUUCAACUCUGUCAGGCUUGGUGCUGUGACCACUG